AUGGAUGUGAUUGAAGCACAGCUAAUGUUCAACAAUGACAGCAACGAAAGCAGUAACAACAGCACCGAUAGGCCAUUCCGUAAGCGUCGGAAAGCAGUUUGCUAUCGACACCAAUCGGAAGACAUGACGCGCGCCAAAAAGCGUAUGACUGAUAUGCCAUCAUCUAUAGGUCAUAUAUCAUCAUCGGUGGUAAGUCGGUCACCGAACCACUACACACAACAGUGCAACGGUGACGACACUAUGAAUAUGAUUGUCAACGAKUCMUAUGCAUCGCCGUCAUCAUCAUCGGCAUCGUUGGAYAUGUCUGACCUGUCUGUCAAUUUUGAUGARAUGCAAAACCAACGUGUYCUGGCCAAUGUUCGGGAACGGCAGCGGACACAGUCAUURAAUCAGGCAUUUACACAGUUAAGGAAAAUCAUUCCAACCCUACCGUCCGAUAAACUCAGUAAAAUACAAACACUUAAGUUGGCCUCCCGUUACAUACARUUCCUCUACCAGGUGCUAAGGAAAGAGGAGCCAAUAGACAGUCGUUUGUCGACUGCCUGUUCAUAUGUGGCACAUGAGAGGCUCUCCUAUGCAUUCAGUGUCUGGAGAAUGGAAGGCGAAUGGAAUUGUGAUCUCAUCUGA